AUGGUUGAUGAAAAGUAUGUUCAGACGACAUGUCUUAUAUAUAUUCCUCCACAUAAGCGAAACUUGAAGGAUCCAGUUCAACCCUCCCCUUUUCCAGCAGAUUCUCUGGUUAAAAAAUUCAGAAGAAACAUUGAUGACCUCAAAAGUACCUCUUUUCGAGGAAAUAGAAUUGUAUAUUCAGGAAAACACUUCACCAAAUGGUUUCUUAUUAGUUCAAAUGGAAUUGAGGACGAGGUUCCUCCCUCUGUUGAACUUGUGCCCCUUUCCACCGAUUCCUAUGACUGCAUAAAUGGAUUAAAGGCUUUGGCACUAAUGAACAAGGACUUCCAAAAAGAAAGCGAAGAAGAAGAAAGAACUAGGUGGCUCUUGAUAGCUGAGAAGGUUGCUGAUGGCCUUGUGUUCGCAUAUGAGCAAGCUAAUAAGAGAAAGGAGGAUCAUGACAUUUCAGAUAAUGCUAAACUGAGAUUGGUUGCUAGGUUUGGAAAAAUAGUCUUUUAUGGGCGCAAAGCUGGUCCUGUGGUUGAUUAUUCCUUAAGAAACUCGAGAAGGAUAUUCUCUACAGAUGUACCAACCUCUUUCAUACAAAACAUCAAGUCCAAGGCUAUACCAAGGCAUGAGUUCUGUAUAAACGGAGAAAAAGAAAAAUACAUUGUGAAGAUUACUGGUCCCAAUGAGUCAUUAAUUGUAAAUGUACCGUGGGCGAAGAUGGACGUCUCAGCAUGUACAAGGCAAGUCUUUGAGAACAUAUCAUCAUUGAUAAUAUUUACUUUACUAACAUCUUACAAACCCUUUGUUGCACAGGCCGAGCUUAAUCCUGAGAGCGAGGUAAGUAACAUUCAAGGACUACUUAGUUCAGCAAUUGUUGAUCUGAAUGUGAAAGGAAGGUUAAGGUGGCCGCUUGGUACAACUUCAUUGGAAGUGAGGUAUGGAACAGGGGAAAUCGAGAAGGGGGUGACUCUUAUACUUAAAGAGAUGAACACUAAGCUACAGGAACAGAACAUAGAGAGGGGUUGUGUUUUGGAAAUGCUCCGAGAUGUUCUUGGAACUAUAUGGGAGUUCAUGACUUUCGAUGGCAAUCUUAUGUAG